AUGUGUCUCAUCUUGACCAACUUUAUGGGUGGAUUGAUGUACGGAUACGCUCAGGGAAGUGUUGGAGCGGCACUUGGGUCUGCCAUUAGUGGGCUAUUUCCCUCUUCAGCAACUCCAACGAAUAAUUCGACAAGUAUGAAUCAGCAAGUAUUCGCAACAUCUCCUCUUGGUUCUCAAUCGGAUCAUUCGAAUCGUUUGGAUUUGAAACACAUGAUGUCAAGCCUUGUGCUCGAACAUUUGUUGUGGAGUCCAAUGACUCAAGCUGCUGGCACUGUCUCCGCAACAACAGCAAACUUCGAUUUAGGAAAUUCCUUACUCCAAGGUCUGUAUGCCUCAAGUAUUUUCAUUGGAGGCUUGAUUGGUGCGAUCUUUGUUAUACUUGUUGGAAAUUAUUUAGGUCGUAAAUUAUGCAUGAUUUUGUGUUGUGUGGUGUUUUCCAUUGGAUGCAUUGGUGCAAGUGCUUCCAAUUCCUAUGCUUCAUUGAUUGUUUUCAGAUGUAUCAUGGGAUUUGGUGCUGCCAUUUCAACCUCUGUUUGUUCCGUUUAUAUGGCUGAAUUGAUGCCCUUUUCCAAAUAUCAAGGUGUCUUGGGGGCCAUGUACAAUAUGGGCAUUGCUUCUGGAUCAGCGCUAGGCUACGCCUUUGGAGCAAUUUUCUUAUUCACCACUGAACAAUGGAGAGCCAUUCAUUCAUUGGGAAAUAUUUGUUCCAUCUUGCUCUUAACUCUUGUGCUCAUCAUUCCGGAAUCACCAAUGUUUGUAGAGAGUAGUGAUCAAAGCGAAAUUAAAGCUUCGUGCGAAAGUAGUGGCACUUCAUCAAUAGAUAAUGGCGUGUUGAAGAAGGAGAGAGAAACAUUACCAGAGAGUCAAGCUCGCAAUCAUUCUCCAACCAGUACUACCACCGCUUCGUCGACAACGACGACCUCAACGGCUGCAUCAUCACUGGAAAGCAACAUGACAUCGAAAUCUUGCAUGUCAUUCAUGGCAGCUUUGAGGAGAUUGUUUUGUUCAAAAGUUGUCAUUGCCUUGUUCAUUUCAAGUUUCUACUGUUUUGCCAUUGAAUGGACUGGUAUUCAGAGUGCCACCUUAUUUAUACCUGCCUUAUUAGAAUCCGCUGGAGUGAAAGAUGCACUGACCCAACAACUAGUUGCAUUUGGAGUGUUCAUUUGGGAAGUGCUUACAAUUAUUCCAUUCAUAUUUCUUGUGGAUCGAUUUGGAAGAAAGACCAUUCUCAUCUUUGGCUUCACUGUGUCUGUUCUGACCAAUUUGGCAGAAGGUUUCAUCUUUCAAUUUGUUCCUGAUGGUUCAACUGAAAAAAUUGUUUUAGCCUUAGUAUUCAUUGCUCUCUAUCUUAUUGGCUUUAACAUUGGAAUUGGUUCAUUAACCUUCAUCUUGGAUCAUGAAGUAUUUAAUGGAGAGCAUGAGAGAGUGGUUGUGUUGGGAACUUCUAUGGCCACCAUGGUGUUAUGGAUCUUUUCCAUCAUUUUGGCUCUAUUCUUCAUUCCAGUCAUUCAUCUUACAAGCCAAGCGGUCCCGUGGUUUGUAUUUUCAGGAAUUUCAUUCAUUGGAUUAUUGAUUACCAUCUUUCUAUUGCAAGAAACAUCUCCUUACGUAUUGGCUAAAAGAAAACACACUCAAGAUGAAGCCACCACCAGUACUACGAGCCUGUCUCCUCAAAAAUCCGAAACGACCUCGGAAACAAAAUCAAGUAUGGAAAUGAAUGAUGUUAGAGUAGUGACCGUUGUUGUUGCCGCGACAAUACCGACAGUGGAACAGUAUCAAGCAGUAGUGCUGCAGUGUAAACCCAAUGCUGCAGAUGACCGCUCUGCACUACCAACCCAAUUUCCCAAGCAGUAG